UAUUCAUUUUAAGAGAAUCAAGCAUUUCAUCAGUCAGUCGAUAAAUUUCACAGAAAUCACACGAGAAAAAAAAAAGUUCAAAUUAAUUUUUAAAAAAAAAGUAUUCAAAUCUUUGAGAAGAAGUGAAAAAAGUAAAAGAAACAAAAAUGCCUCGUCGUGGAAGAUCAGCAUCUCCUCCUCCAGCAGCAAGACGUGCCCCGCCAGCAGCUGCUUCUCCUCCGCCAGUUGUUCAUCAAGCGCCUCCAUCGCAAAUGGCGCCCAUGCAAGCAGCUCCCAAGCAACCCGGAUUGAUGGCACAAAUGGCAGCGACAGCAGGCGGCGUCGCAAUUGGCUCCGCAGUAGGACACACAGUUGGGCAUGCAUUAACGGGAGCAUUUAGCGGCGGAUCUUCGGAUGCUCCAGCUGCAGCUGCGCCUCAACAACAACAACAAUCGUAUGCUCCGCAACAUCAAGCCGAAAAUUCCGGACCUUGCGCGUGGGAAAUCAAGCAAUUCCUCUCGUGCGCCCAAAAUCAAUCCGAUUUGACGUUGUGCGAGGGCUUCAACGAGGCUAUCAGGCAGUGCAAAACGCAACAUGGCAUCUAAAUUAAGGAGAAUUACCAAAAUUUUUAAAUCAGCGGAAAUGUUGCAUUCUAGAAAAAUAAACUAUUAAAUAAAAAUACGAGUUUAAGAGUUCAAAUAAGUCUUUUC